UUCCUGUUAUUUAUAACCUCUGAAGGCAGAAGAGAAAAAUCAGAGUCUGCUUACUCAGAGGAGCAACAAACAAUGGAUCCCAAAAGCCAGAGGGUGAAGCUUAAUGAUGGCCACUUCACUCCUGUCCUGGGAUUUGGAACCUAUGCACCUGAGGAGGUUCCUAAGAGUGAAGCCCUGGAGGCCACCAAAUUUGCUAUAGAGGUUGGGUUCCGCCAUGUGGACAGUGCUCAUUUGUAUCAAAAUGAGGAGCAGGUUGGCCAGGCCAUUCGAAGCAAGAUUGCAGAUGGCACUGUGAGGAGAGAAGACAUAUUCUACACUUCAAAGCUUUGGUGCAAUUCCCUUCAACCAGAGUUGGUCCGACCAGCCUUGGAAAAGUCAUUGCAAAAUCUUCAACUGGACUAUGUCGAUCUCUAUAUUAUUCAUUCUCCAGUGUCUCUGAAGCCAGGGAAUAAAUUUGUUCCAAAAGAUGAAAGUGGAAAACUGAUAUUUGACUCGGUGGAUCUCUGUCAAACGUGGGAGGCCCUGGAGAAGUGUAAGGACGCAGGGCUGACCAAGUCCAUUGGGGUGUCCAACUUCAACCACAAGCAGCUGGAGAAGAUCCUGAACAAGCCGGGGCUCAAGUACAAGCCCGUCUGCAACCAGCCCGCCAGGCUCCUCUGUCCAUGGCAUUCUCCAGACAAGAAUACUGGAGUGGAUUGCCAUGCCCUCCUCCAGGGCAUCUUCCUGACCCAGGGAUCAAACCUGCAUCUCUCACAUUGGCAGGGGGGUUCUUUACAACUAGCACCACCUGGGAAGCCUCCACACUUAUUCCUACAAGACAGGGUGGAAUGUCACCCUUACCUCAACCAGAGCAAACUGUUAGAGUUCUGCAAGUCACAUGAUAUAGUCCUAGUUGCUUAUGCUGCUCUGGGAGCCCAACUAUUGUCAGAAUGGGUGAACUCAAACAACCCCGUUCUCUUGGAGGACACGGUUCUUUGUGCCAUUGCCAAAAAGCACAAGCAAACCCCAGCUCUGGUUGCCCUUCGCUACCAGAUACAACGUGGAGUUGUGGUUCUGGCCAAGAGUUUCAACAAGAAGAGGAUCAAAGAGAACAUGCAGGUGUUUGACUUUGAACUGACUCCAGAAGACAUGAAAGCAAUCGAUGGCCUCAAUCGUAAUAUAAGAUACUAUGAUUUUCAACAGGGUAUUGGUCACCCUGAGUAUCCAUUUUCUGAAGAAUAUUGACUGGAUGAGCUGUCCACCAUGCCUUCUACCUGAAUGUCUUGCUUCUAGGGCUGUGAAGAGCAUUUCUAUACUUGGUGGAGGUGUUUAAAAGAAGUGCCUGAACUUUUGAAAGCUUGUUUUUCUUUAAAAACUCUUUAUGAAAUAACCAAGAUUUCAAAUAUGUGUACUAGUUUUUCCUAACAAAAUAAUUUGAAAAAUAAAAGGGAAAAGAUAGAAAAUAAAGAUAACCUGAUUAACCCAUUUAAUAAA